AUGUUUGACAAUAAAUCAAGUAACGCAACUGUAUUUCGUAGCCUCGAUUUGCCUGAGAAUUUACCCGUACCAACCGAUGAUGGUGAAUGUGCACACUUGAAAAUGGGCAUGAAAUUUCCUGUUGAUCUUCUAAUCAGUUUACCAACCACUAGCGGACGUCCCAUAGAUCUCACUAGUCAACCACGUACCAUAUUAUACUUUUACCCUCGAACUGGUAAACCAAACCAAAAAAUCCCCGAUGGCUGGGACAUGAUUCCUGGCGCUCGAGGUUGCACACCCGAAUCGUGUGGAUUUCGUGAUCAUUACAAGGAACUGCAAUCACUAGGUGCGAAUGUGUAUGGAUGUAGCACUCAAACAACCGUUUAUCAACAAGAAGUUGUCGAACGAGUACAUUUGCCGUUCGAUUUACUAAGUGAUUCAAAAUUGGAAUUAUUAAAUCAUUUACAUUUACCGUAUUUCAAGUUACCAGAAUUAGACAAUAUUCCGUUAAUUAAACGUUUAACAAUAAUAAUCAAAGAUGAUAUUAUUGAGCACGUAUUUUAUCCGAUAUUUCCCCCUGAUAAACAUUCGCAAGAGGUUAUUGAAUGGCUAAAACAAAAUCAGAUCCAAUAA